AUGAACCACCACAAUUACGCAAGAUGUAUGUCUAUUUAUUGGGAUAAGUUGAUACAUAUUGAAAGUACACAUCCUGGGUUGCUUAAUGAUUGCCAAAAGAGUUUCAUGGAUAUUCGAAGAACAUUAAAACCAUUUUUAAGAGCCCCGGUUGAUUUAACACUUGAGCAAAUAAUCAAUGCUGAUGCCGCUUCAAAAGCUUCUGGAAUUGUUAACGCAACAAACUCGUUCCCUGCAAGACCAAAAUGGUCUAUAACUCAUUCAUUACGUACGAGUGUUAUAUCAACAAUAAUGGAGUUUUGUGAUAUAAAAUCAACAAAUGACAUAAGGAAAGAUUUAAAGCAGUCAACAAUUCAGAAAUCUACCAUAAACUUAGAAUUAGUGAUGCAACUAAUAAAGCAGUACACCAAUCCUUUUGCGUUAGAACUGUCAGAAGAUCAUCUUUACAAUAUAUCGAAAGGUCAGUCAGUGAACGUUGAAAUAUUUCAAUUUUUAUCAUCAGUUGAAAUCGAGGGCGAAAAACAACGAGAGUUGCUGAGACUCGACUAA